CUGGUCUCAGCUGCAUUGCUGCUCUUAAAUAACUCUCCCCUGACAGUCUCGCCUGCUCAGAGAAAGGGAGAGAGAGAGAGACGUGUCUGUAACACAGAGGCUGGGAGUGGACCGAAUAUAUCUGACCGCAGCAGCAAGGACAAGGAUGGUACCGGGCCCUGGGGUCUGAAUAGGAAAGAGACACCGCCGCAGCAAGGAAAACCUGUUUCUGAUUAAGUCGACGCUGAGGUGGAUCCCUGGAGCCCUGCGCUGUGCAAAUCUGGAGCAUCGCAGCUACGGUUUGGCCAUCUUUACUGCGAAAACUCGGAAGACACAUAGCAUGGAACAAUAAUACAAGGCGGCUCAGACGGAGGGGGCCAGGCAUUCGUGUAGGCAAGUGAGGCUGUGCGGCUUUCUCCUCUCCGCCCUCACGUCAGCCCGCGAGCAGGAGGGCCUGGCAUGGAUCCGCAGGGGGGGCACUACCUGAACAUCUCCGCCGUGGCGUCCGCCGUUGGCGUGGCCCGCCUGUGCCAGUUGGCUCUGGGCUGCACCACUCUGAGCCUGGUGGCGCACCAGGCGGGCUACAGCGCCGCCUACGGGACCUUCUGCAUGUUCGUGUGGUGCUUCUGCUUCGCCGUGUCCGCGGUGGUCUUCGCGCUGGACUUCACCCGCCUCCACUCCUGCCUGCGCAUCUCCUGGGACAACUUCACCAUCGCCUUCGCCAUGCUGGCCACGCUCAUGUACGUGACGGCCUCCGUGGUCUACCCCGUCUACUUCCUGCGCUCCGAGUGCCCGGCCGGCGGCUGCGAGGUGCGCGGCUACCGCAUCGGCGUCACCGUCUGCUCCUGCCUCUGCGCCCUGGCGUACGCCGCCGAGGUCCUCCUCACCCGGGCCAAGCCGGGCCACGUGGUGGGCUACAUGGCCACCGUCUCGGGGCUGCUGAAGAUCGUCCAGGCCUUCGUGGCCUGCAUCAUCUUCGGGGCCCUGGUCAACGACAGCCAGUACGGCCGCCACAUCGCCACGCAGUACUGCGUGGCGGUCUACAGCUUCUGCUUUGCCGUGACGGUCAUCGUGGUGGGCGUGACGGUCUCCGGGCGGACGUCGGCGCUCCGGUGCCCGUUUGACCGGUUUGUGGUGAUCUACACCUUCCUGGCAGUCCUGCUGUACGUGAGCGCCGCCGUGAUCUGGCCCGUGUUCUGCUUCGACAAGAAGUACGGCCAGCCCAGCCGGCCUUCCGGCUGCCCCCGGGGGAAGUGCCCCUGGGACAGCCAGCUGGUGGUGGCCAUCUUCACCUACGCCAACCUCGUCCUGUACAUCGCUGACCUGAUCUACUCCCAGAGGAUCCGGUUCGUCUCCCAGACGCCCUGAGGGGCCCGGCUGCAGCCCCCAGGCUUCAAGCACCUCUCCUUUCUUCAUCUGACUGGGAAAAAAUAAACCCCUCCUUCCGAUCUCCCUAUCCCUACCACCUCAGGAGACAUCUUUCCCCAUCAGGCCUUAACUUGCUCCACCUCACAAAAUGCCAUUUUCUCUGCAAAAUUCUCGUGUGUCUUCUUGGCCUUGUCCUAAGCCCUUCCUCUUGUCUAUGUGCCGCUUUUGCCUGAAAGAGCCACUGCAAUUGAAUUGAUUGCUUAGGGUAUCGAUCUGACAAGAAUCACUCAGUCUGAGCCUCUUCUACCUCCUUCUUCCAGGUCCACGAAAUCUCAUUUUCUUCUCCUUGACUUACAUCCAAGCUUUCAAACUGCUUGCUAUGUCUCUGCAGUCAGAUGGAAUCCUGUGAUUUCAACAGCAGCAUUUAUCCAUCUUUGGCAUUGAGUAGAAUCACCUGGAAUGAUCCCUCCUUCCCCCUUCAUUAAAGAGCUAUCGCAUCUUCCGACACUCAGCUUGAGAUAAGAGUUGCUUUCAGCAUCCUUGGCAUGACUGAUGGCAACAUCACCCGUUGCGCUGCUUGAUCCCCAGGAGAGCAGAAUCCGAAUCGGCAACAGAAAGCCUCAUUCUGUGUUGACAAGUUGAUCUUACCGUGUUGAUCUCUCAGACUGAUGGCAGAAAUUCAUGUUCACUGUACUUCAGUCAACUUCCUCACUGUUGAGAGAGUAGCCCAGAAAAGCAGAAACUUUUCUUGUCAGAUUUGCAUUGUGAUUGCCUUAUUUAUUUAACUUAUUUUAGCAACAGAGCAUAAUUAAUUUAGUUUUUCCUUCCAAACUGGAAACAUGAACUGUAGGAUCAAGAAAGCAAAGCCUGUAAUGUACUAACUAGACUCUUGUUUUUGUGUCUGCUUCAUGAUCGCACAGAAAUAAGAUUCAGUAGUGUCAUAAACGACAAUGUAACAACUGUUUUGGAUGAUAGGGCCCAAACCCGUAACAGAUGAGUUAUUGAAAGCAGUCUUACUUAUUUGUGCACACUUAUUUUGUUUUCAUAACUACAGUAUUCUACAGAAUUGCUAUCAAAACUGAAAUAUUUUCCAUACCAAUUCCUGAGCUAAAAUCCCCCAGUUUCAGGUUUCUCAAUAAAAUACGGACAUUCAUCAAAGUUCUGAAAACACACCCCAUUCACACUGAGCUCAAAAUUGUGUGUACAUUUGCUAAUUUGCUCAUUUUACCUUCAAAGGAAACAGUUAUAUGUAUGAUGAAAGUUCUUUUAAAAAAUCAGACUUUUCAAUUAGUCCUGUGCAGGGAAAAUAGUCUCUCCCUCUUUUUUUUACGAAUUCACGUCAACAAGGGUUUGAUGAGAAUCUGUCCUGGGUUGUGUAGCAUUCCUAUUAUUUAUCAUCAAGUUAACCUCAUUUACCUGAUUUACCUAUCAAGGGCAAUUGAAUUUGGAGUCGCCUGUUCAAGGCUGUGUAUGAGAAAACAUCACAAUAAUACAGUAUUUUAUAAAUGUUAAACUUGCUUCAGAAUUCAGUGCAAGUCAUCCGCAGAUAUUACUUGACUCAGUGAAUUUGAUGCUGAGCUUUCAGCUUUCAGUAGUACUGUUCAGCUAUUUGAACUUACUGGAUACAUGUAACAUUAAAACCUUAGGUGUGUCAUUUCUUACGAACAGCCUGGAGUUUUGAAAUACUGCACUCAUUGCUUUUUGUAAUAAACAUUUUGCAUUUA